CUCCUUCAUUUUUUCAGAAAUGGCUUCGUUCUUUGAAACUGGAUCGUGGGUCUGGCUGCGGCAGAACGCCAAGGACGCCAGCGCGCCACUGGAAGCCGCUCGCGUCGUUGCCAACAGUCCGGCAGAGACGACCUUCCAGCUCGAGCUGUCUCAGACCCAAGUCAAGCUCGCGAAUGCACAGCUCACGCGUGAUAUUGUCACGCCAAUGCAUUCGACAAGCGUCGAGUCGGUGGAAGACAUGUCCACACUCAGCGAUUUGCACGAAGGAGCGAUUCUGCACAACAUUCGCCAGCGCUACGCCAACAGCAAUGUCUAUACCUUUAUCGGAUCCAUCCUUGCUGCAGUCAACCCGUACAAGGCGCUUCCGAUCUACGGCGACGAGGUUUUGCAAAAGUACAACCGAUCUGUGCUUGGUGAUCUGCCUCCGCACAUUUACGCCAUUGCCAACGAGGCCUUUUAUGCCAUGCUGAAUGACAAGCGCAACCAAUGCGUCUUGAUCAGUGGAGAGUCUGGCGCCGGCAAAACAGAGUCGACAAAGUUCAUUCUCAAGUUCCUGAGCGCCCUCAGCUCGAAAGACUCGGUCGUGGAGCAGCAAAUCUUGCAAAGCAGUGCGAUUCUCGAGGCGUUCGGCAAUGCCAAAACCGUGUACAACAACAACUCAUCGCGGUUCGGCAAGUACAUUUCCGUCCAGUUCUCCGAGAACGGCUCGAUCGAAGGUGCCAAGUUGACCGACUACCUGCUGGAAAAGUCGCGUGUUGUUCGUCAAAAUCCGCAAGAGCGCAACUAUCACAUCUUUUACCAACUGUUUGCUGGUCUGGAUGCUUCCGAGAAGGAGCUGUUCAAGCUCACUGGUGCCCCCGACAAGUUCCACUACAUGAAUCAGAGCGGCUGCAUCACAGAUCCGUCCAUCGACGACAAGACGGACUUUGAGCGCGUUCGGUCUGCCAUGCAAGUGAUGGCAUUCACCAAGGAGCAAACGCAAGAUCUGCUCAAGGCGCUCGCCGGUAUUUUGCAUUUGGGCAACCUGAAGUUUGCUCAGGAAGAAGGCCAGCCCGUCAAGAUUGCCAACGCCGCUGAUGCGGCCCUUGCUGCCGAGUUUUUCGGCAUCGAAAACCAGCUCUUCCACGAGUCCAUGUGCUCCAAAAAGAUCACCAUGCGCGGAGAGAGCAUUUCCACUCCUCUCGAGCUUCCGGCUGCCCAGGACUCUCGCGACUCGCUGUCGAUGAACAUUUACGUCCGCCUGUUCGAGUGGAUUAUCAACCGCAUCAACCGCAUUAUUCGCGCCAAGGACACGCUGGCCUACAUUGGCGUGCUCGACAUUUUCGGCUUUGAAAACUUCAAGGUCAACUCGUUUGAGCAGUUUUGCAUCAACUAUGCCAACGAAAAGCUCCAAAUGUACUUUAACCAGCACAUUUUCUCGCUGGAGCAAGCCGAGUAUGCCAAGGAGAACAUUAACUGGUCCAGCAUCAAAUGGGUUGACAACCAGGCCUGCAUUGACAUGAUUGAGAGGCAUCUCGGUCUGCUCGAUUUGCUCGAUGAGGAGGCCCGCUUCCCCAAGGGCACGGACGAAACAAUGCUUGGCAAGUUCAACGAGCAGCACGGCACUGGUGCGUUUUACCUCAAGCCGCGCAUGGCAGCCAAGGCUUUCGGUAUCAAGCACUAUGCUGGCGAUGUGCAGUACGAGGUGGCAGGAUUCCUCGACAAAAACCGCGACACCUUCCGCGAAGAUCUUGUCGCAAUGCUCCAGGAGAGCUCGUCUGAUUUCAUCUACGAUCUGUUCGAGAAGGUGGCCGUGUCGGACAAGGGCGCGAAAGGCGGCCGCAAGAAGCCCACAGUCUCGUCCCAAUUCAAGGAUUCGCUCGGUGCACUCAUGCAGGCGUUGGGAGCCGCCCACCCGUUCUUUGUGCGCUGCAUCAAGCCAAACAUGCAAAAGGUGAAGGAUUCCUUCGACGCCACCGUGGUGAUGAAUCAGCUGCGCUACUCGGGCAUGCUCGAAACGGUGCGCAUUCGCCGCACGGGCUUCCCUGUGCGACGCGCCUUUGCCGACUUUCUGUACCGCUACAAGGUGCUGUGCGUGACGCUUGGUGGCGCUGCGGCCGACCCGAAGGGAGACGCCAAGGCGCGAUGCCAGCUCGUCCUCGCAUCUGUCGACAAGGCCAACGAAAAUUGGCAACUCGGCACGACCAAGGUGUUUUUGCGCGAGGCGCUCGAGGCCGUGCUCGAAAAGCAGCGUCAGGAGACGCUCAAGGCUGUCGCCAACAAGAUCAAGGCCCGCAUCAUGGGCUACCUUCAGCGAAAGCGCUUUAUCAAGAUCCGCCGUCAAGUCGUCAUUGUGCAAAAGCUUGUGCGCCGUUACUUGGCGCGCCGCCGAUUCCGCAAGGCCGUCAAGUCUGCCAUUCUCAUCCAGUCCAUCUUCCGCGGAUUCCGAGCCCGCCGUCUGCGUGCGCGCCUCAUGGAGGCCAAGCGCAAGGAGGAAGAGCGCCGCCGCGAGGAGGAGCGUCGCAAGGCCGAGGAGCGUCGCAAGGAGAUGGAGCGCCUUGAGCGUGAAAACAAGCUGCGCGAGCUCGAGGAGAUGCGCCGCAAGGCCGAGGAAGAGGCCAAGCGCGCCGCCGAAGAGGAGGCCCGCAAGAAGGAGGCCGAAGCCAAGCGCCAGGCCGAGGAUGCUGCCAAGGCGCGCGCACUCACCGAGCGCCUGGACAACGAGGAACGCGAGCGCAAGCGCCUUGAGGCGGAGCGCCUGGAGGCGAUUGCUGCCGAAGAGCGUCGCAAGCAGGAAGAGGCUCGCUUCUUGUCCGAGCGCGAUGCUGUUCUGGACGAGCUGAACGACCUUGGCAACGAGCUUGACGACGCGGACGUCCAGUCGCUCAGCAUUGGGUCGACUGCUGGCGGCAGCACUGGCGGUGGCGAUGCAUCCGGACUUGGCGGUGACGACGACGACGACAACGACAAUGCCGGCGGUGGCGGCGACGAUGAAGACGAAGGCGGCGAGUCGGCCGACAUUGAGUACGAGGCGCUCAAGCUCUUGCGCGAAGGCUAUAUUCUGCGCCACGACACUGGCAAGUCUGCGGGCAAGAAGGCUUGGAAGCGAAAGUGGGCCGUGCUGCGCGAGGGCUACCUGGUGCUGUUUGGCCAAAAGCCGAAUGCCCUCAAGUCUGGCUGGGUCAUCAAGCAGAGUGGCACGCUCAAGAACUGGACGCGCCACUACCUUGUGCUCACCAACGGCACGCUGGCCUACUACAAGUCGUCCGACGAGGGCGAGGAGGCCAUCAACGUGCUCGCCCUCAACAAGUGCAGCGGCGUGUUUGAGGCGACGGGCUCCAUCAACAAGGACAACGCGUUCGGCAUCAUUAUGCCAAAGAAGACGUACUACUUUUGCACAGACACGAUUGAGGAGCGCGCGCUCUGGGUAGACAUUGUCCGCAAAGUCCACACGGGCAUGACCGACCGCUCGCAGCUGCGCAAGCUGGAGACGGAAAAGCUCGACUACAAGAAUGCCCAGGAGAUUAUCGAGACCCGCUACGUUGUCUCGAUCGCUCCCACCAUGCCUCUUGACGAGCAAAAGAAUGUGUUUGUGCUGCAAACACACACGCACGCGUACACGCUGGCGAUCGAGAAGCACGAAGACAUGAUUGAGUGGAACUUGCUCUUGUUGCCCAAGGUGUCCAAGAUUGAGCAAAAGAUGGCUGGCUCCGUCAUGGAGGGCUACCUCAUGAAAAAGACGCGCACCGUCAACCGCCGUCGCUACGUGGUGCUCAAGGAAGACUCUAUUCGCUACUACAAGAAGCAGGAUGACCAGUUUGCCGUGGACUCCAUCGAGCUCAACAGCCUCUGCACUGUUGUCCCGCCUGUGGACAUUGUUGGUCAGAUGACGCACCAGUGGACGUUCAAGGUGAACUCGCGCCGUCGCACCCUCGUCUUUACCUCCAAGUCGUCGGAAGAUGCCUACGCUUGGAUUGACGCCAUCCGCGAAAUUAUUGAUUCCAAGCCCGUGAUUGAGAGCAAGACUCAAAAGCUCAUCACCGAGAUCAAGGCCGUGAAGGCGAGUCAUGUGGGUGCCAUCUACGCCGCAUACCCGAUUCUCACGUACACGCCGCUGCACAUUUCGGCAUCGCUCUUGGCCCUGCCAUACGGCUGCCUGCACCACGACACGCGCACGCUCCACACCGAAGCGCUGUCCAUCUUCCGCACGCUGCUCGAGAUGGAGAAGGCACAGGAUUGGAUUCCACACGCACAGAACGUGCUGCAGUUUGCCAUUUCCAUCGCUGUGCUGCGCAGCGAGAUUUUCAUGCAGGCGGUCAAGCAGACCAUCAACCACCCCAAGCCUGGCAGCCAGCAGCACAUGCGCUACUGGUACCUGCUCGCCGCCCUCUGCAACGUCACGACGCCCGAGCGCAAGUACCAGCGCUACCUGCGCUUCUACCUAAAGCGCGUCAUUGAUCAGACAUCGACCACCUCGACGGUGAUGGCGCCCGUUUUGGUUCUUGCGCGCUCGUGCCUGCGGGCGCUCGAUGAGCGCAAGAAGCGCGAGUUCCCCUCCAGCCGCUUGGAGCUCGAGGCCAUCCAGCAGGGUACGGACGUCUCGUUGCCCAUCUACUGCCUGGGAGAACGCUCGUGCAAGGUCAGCGUGUCGACUGCCACGACCGUCAAGGACAUUCUCGGCGAUAUUGCCAAAGCGCUCGGCCUGUCCAACGCACGCAACCGCUUUGCGCUGUUUGAGGAGACGGAGGAUCAUGAGAACUCGCAUUUCGUGGGCGAGUCCAUGCUCGUGCUGGACAUUUUGGCAAAGUGGGACAUGCUCACGGCGGAGCAACGCCAGCAGCAACAGCUGCAGUACUUGGCGGUCGAGCAGCAGGAGCAACUGCGCCAGCAAGCCGUUCAGCUGCAGCACCAGAAGGAAAAGCUCACACCCGCCCAACAGCAGCAACUUCAGCAGCAAGAGCUGGCCAAGAAGCAAAAGGAAGAAGCUGCCGCCGCGGCCGCCGCGGCCGCCGCAGCGCCUCCAUCUGCUGCCAGCCUGUACGAGACUGCGCUGCGCAAGUCGUCCAUGUCCAACGAUUCUUCAUCAGCACCACCACCACCCGGUGUUACCAUUAUUGUCGACAAGUGGCGUUUGGUUUACCGCGUGCACUGCUUCAUGGAGACUGACUUUAAGCGCAUCGACAAUCCGAUCGAGCAAGACUGCUUGUUUGAGCAAACGCAUGUUGACCUGGUCCAGUUCCGUGUGCCCAUGUCGGACGAGCAGCGCAUCAAACUCGCCGCCCUCCGACUCCAAGCCAAACUUGGCGAUUGCGAUGUUUCCAAGGACAUCCCCGACAUUCGCCCAUUCUACCCAAUCUUCCUGACGCAGACGGCCAAGCAAAGCGAAAAGGCCGGAACAGCUGGAAUUGGAUCGCCCGCUGGUUCGAGCAAAAUGGGAACAUUCCGAAAGACAUUGGGAACGCUUCGUCGCGGCAAGAAGGACGACCCCAUGUUUGCGUCCGAGUCCCCGGCACCCGUGCUGCCUGGAAGCGCAAGCAGCUCGCCCAUGAAGAUCAAGCGUGGCCAGAGCGCAUCGAGCUUGCACGGCGUGGAUGUUGGCGAGGACAGCGAGGCGUCGCACAUGUCAUCUUCCCCCGGUGCCGAUGAAAAGAAAGCCGGCAAGUUUGGCACGCUCAUGAAGGGCGUCAAGAGUCUUGCCAAGACCACCUCGUCCUCGGCGCUCGUGUCGUCCUCGACGAGUGCAGCCGGUCCGCGUCGGGAUGACGAUCUCCGCGUUGAUCCAUUCGACUUGAUUGACGUCAAGGCGGUCACUGCAGCCAUCGACGAGGCAUGGAUCAACCUGGCCGGCACCAGCAAGCCCGAAGCGAUGCGCCAGUACAUGGCGAUCGUGGCCUUUGAGUGGCCGUACUAUGGCUCUGCGAUUUUCGAAUGCGAGAAUGUGGCAAUCGAGUCCUGGCCAAAGGAUAUCCUGCUCAUUGUCAACCAGAAGGGCAUCACCGUCUGCAAGCAGCCAGCGGGCGCAGGCGCGCUUUCGCCUGCUGAUCGUCUGGGCACGUACCCGUACUUUGGCAUUCUGUCUUACAGCGCACCCAACGUCAACUCGCUCAAGUUUGUGGUCGACAGCCCUGGGAAGAUUUCGCUCACCACGCCAAAGGCUGUUCUCAUCACCACCAUCAUCAAGUCGUAUAUCGAGGAGCUAGUCAAGCAAAAGCAAGGUGCCAAGUGAUUCUUCUUGUUCUUGACAUCCGGAAUCCUCCAUGUUUUGUCGUUCGUUUUGAUUUAUUUUUGCUCGUUGUCACGUACUUUUGUGUCAGUUAAUCCAUGCUUUUUUUCUUUGUUGCAUCACAUUGACAAG